UUACAAGUAAAUUAUCAAAAACAAAUCAUUAGAAUGAUAUGUAGAAAAUUAAAACUUAAUACUUAAAUAAUAUCUUUAAUUAAUUUCAGAAACAAAAAAUUCAUCAAAAAGCAAGUUGAAUUCUCUUAAAAUCAAACAAAUAAGGAUUACAUUAGUAUUAAAAAACAGAGUUUUCAUAUCUAAAUGAUAAAGAAGCUUGACUAAAGCUCAAUCUUAAAUAUAUGUGUCAAUUAAGUUAUCAUAGAUCUAGCUACAUGUGUUAAGGAGUUGGUUGAAAACAGUCUAGAUGCUGGAUCAACAAAAAUAGAAGUGUAUCUCAAAGAAUAUGGAAAGGAGGGAGUUGAAGUUGUUGACAACGGGAGUGGUAUCAGCUCUUAAAAUUUAGAAUAAAUAGCUUAGAAAGGUGCAACCAGUAAGCUUCGCUAAUUUUAGGAUCUUGAAAGUCUAGAUACCUUUGGUUUUAGAGGAGAAGCCCUUAAUGCAAUAAGUGUUUUAAGUUAACUAACUAUCACAACUAAGACAGACAGUGAUGAAAUGGCAUACCGUUACUAGUUUAAUUAAGAUAAUACAAUUAAAUCAAAGACAUUAGUGCCUAGAGAAAGAGGGACUACAAUUAGUUUAACAGAUUUGUUUGGUAAUAUCCCAGUUAGAAAAUAAGAAUUCAACAAAAAUAUUAUUAGUUAAUAUAAUAAAUUAGUCAAUAUGAUAACUGAAUAUGCAAUUAUUUCUGUUAACUGUUAGAUUUGUUUGAUCAAUUAAUCUUCAAAAAAAGGCAGGGAAAUGAUUUUGAAUUCUGGCUCUCCUAUGAAAAAUAUGCUUUAGAAGACUGCUCAAGUAUUCUCAAAAAAAAUUUCUGAUAUGCUUGUUGAUUUAAAAUUCGAUUUCGGUGAAGAAUGUAGUGUAAUAGAGGGUUAUAUAUUAAAUAGAUAGACAAGUGGUAGUGUUUAAGAUUCAAAAUCAAUAUAAAAAAAUAUGAGUUAUCUGUUUGUAAAUACUCGCCCAGUGAAUCCCUUUAAAAAAAUGAACUCUAUAUUUUCAGAUAUUUAUAAAAAAUACAAUAGUUCAGCUAGAUAUAUCUACAUUCUUCAUUUAAAAGUGAAGAAAGAUGCUAUUGAUUUUAAUGUUUCGCCAGAUAAAAGAGAUAUUUUUAUUAAAUAUGAAAAUGAAUUUUAUACAGCAUUAAGAGAUAAUUUAACAUAGCUAUUUGAAAAACUCAAUAGUAUAUAAAAGGUUUUAAUGCCUGUGGUGAUUUCUAGCAAAAUAAAAGAUACAUCUAUGGAUGAUUCAGAAGAUGAUAGCUAAGAAUCUUCAAAUUAACAAAAAUAAAAAACUUUAUCUACUUAGCAAACUAAAUAGACAAAAUUAUUUUAAAAAUUAAAAUAAGAAAUUAAUAUACAAGAGGAGGAUUUGUCAAAUGAAGAUAGUGAAGCUAAUAAUUAAAAAGAAUUAGAAAUUUUAUCAUUUAAAUCUCCUUCAAAAGGCAAAUAAAUUACAUAACUGAAAGAUACUAUCAAUAAUUAAAGAAUUGGUAGCAGUAACUCGAAAAGAAAAUAGGAUUUAUUUGAGGAUGUUAAUGACGAAAUUGAGGAUUUAAGUAAUUUUUCAAGUAAUAGCAAAGCUCAAAGCAAACAAAAAAAUGAUAAUAGUGAAUACUUUAAAAGUAGAAACCAAACUUUUAAUUCCGAUUAUUUUAGUAUUGCUUAACAAAGGAAGAAAGCUUAUGAAGAAUAAUUGUAAAAUACAAGAGAAGAAUUAUAAAAUAGUAAAGAAGAAUAUUAAGAAAAUUAUUAGAAAAAAUAGUAAACUUCAAGCAAGGAUCAUAAUAAUUAAAAUAAAACUGAUUCUAAAUAGCUAAUUAAUGAAGAUGAAGAAUAAAAUUAAGAUUUUUCUUAUUUCAAUGAUAAAUUAAAAUUGUAUAAGCAAUCAAAAUAGUAAUCAGAAAAUAAUUCUAAAUAUUAAGUGAAAGAAUAUUCUUUUGAUAUGUUUAAAAAAUCGAAAUAGGAAAAUUCAAGUAAAGGAUAAGAUAAUUAGAAAAUUAAUAAUGAAGAUGAAGAAAAUUGUGAUGAUUAAUGUUGCACACAAUCACAGAAUUACUCUAAUUCAUAAAACGAAUAUAAAUCAGAAGAUUCAUCUCUUUAUAAAAUGAAAGAAGAAAAAUAAACAAAAUAAUUAAAAUAGUCUUUAAAUUAAGAAGAGCUUGUAUAAAAACAUUUUUAAAUACAAGAAGAAGCUAGAAUUUUAAAUAAAAAAUAAAAUAAUGAAUUGAUGGAAAUUGAUGAAAAGAUAGACUAAGAUUAGGGAAGAGCAUUUAAAAUUAAAUCAAAAAAAGAAGAUGAAAUAGAAGAAUUGGCUGAUGACUUAGAAGAACAAUUAAAAACUUGGGAAAGCGAAGACUUUAAAAAAGACAAGUUUGUUGAAUUAUAAAUUAUAGGCUAGUUUAAUAAGGCAUUUAUCAUAGCUUAUUGGGUUGAAAAAGAUUAAAUAUUUUUAAUUGAUUAGCAUGCUUCUGAUGAAAAGACUAAUUAUGAAAGAUUGUUAAAAGAAAAUAAUUUCUAAGGAUAAAAACUAGUUAAACCAAUAGAGCUAAGCUUAACAAUACAAGAAGCAGACAUUUUAGAAAACAAUAGGGAAAUAUUUAAAAAGAACGGUUUUUAAUUCUAAAUCAAAUAUGAUGAAAGCAAUGGAGAACCUAACCUUUACAUAAACUAACUUCCCUCAAGCAAGCACAUUUAAUUUAAUAUAAACGAUUUCGAUGAAAUCUUUUAAAACAUAAAUAAUGAAGAAACAGAUAUUGAAACAUUUAGGCCUAAAAAAAUUUAAAGAAUUCUUGCUUCUAAGGCUUGUAGAUCUUCAAUUAUGAUAGGAACAGCCUUAAAUAAGUCAUCAAUGAAAUAAAUUUUGUUAAAUUUAUCUAAGUUGUAAUCACCUUGGAAUUGCCCUCAUGGACGUCCUACUAUGGUUAAAACUCCUCCUAUGAAUCAUCUCAUACAAUAAGUUUAAGUCAAAAAGACAUAUGAUCUUUGA